AUGCAGUUUAUUAAUGUUUUAUUUUGUCUUUUGUGUGUAGCGUUACAAUGGUUAGAGAAUGAAUCUAAUGUCACACUUAGAUGUAAAGAUUGCAUUGAGGGGGGCUCAAUUGAAAAAGAUCGCUCCAAUGUUUUUGUCAAUUGGGUUAAGAAUAAUCAAAUUAAAGCGAUUUCGGUGGUGGGUAUAUGUACAGAUAUAUGUGUACUAGACUUUGUAUGUUCCACAUUGUCUUCAAGAAAUUGUCGGCACCUUCCUCCCCUUGAGGAUGUGAUUGUGUAUUCUCGUGGCUGUGCCACUUAUGAUAUCCCAGUUCAUGUGGCAAGAACAUCCAAGGAUCUAAUAUCUCACGUCCCUCAGAAUCUAAUGCAUCAAUGUCGUACGGGAUGAGUGGGCUGAAUUUGUGAAGCCUUUGAUUAUAGAUUAAGUAGUUAAGGUUAUUACACUUUUGUUUAUAACAAAAGUAACAAGUUUUAUGAUUAUUGUUAUCUUUUGCAUAUGUUAUUAGUUUAUCUUUAGUUUACGAUAUACAUGGAAUUUAAGUUUUAGAAUCGAUUUUAUUAACAAUUUUGGUAUUGUGUGAUUAGUUAAUAGAAUCGAUUACUAAUUUUAUAUAAGUUUUAAAAAUGUUAUUUUAA